GGUCCCAGCCAUGGCUGUGAUUGAAGAGAAAGGGGUCCCAUCCAUGGCCGUGGCUAAUGUGGACAAAGUCCCAUCCUUGGCCAAGGUCGAAGAGUAUGGGGUCCCAUCCACAGCUGUGGCUGAAGAGCAUGGGGUCUCACCCAUGGCUAUGGUCAGAGAGGAAGGGGUCCCACCCGUGGCCAUGGCUGAAGAGCAUGGGGUCCCCCCCAUGACCGUGGCUGAAGUGGACGAGGUCCCAUCCUCGGCCAAGGUCGAAGAGCAUGGAGUCCCAUCCACGGCCGUGGCCGAAGAAGACGGGGUCCCGUCCAGGAGGAGGGUCACGGUCGGCGAUUCUGAAGUGCCACCCACAGCCUCGGCCCCGGAGGAGCAGGACACAGCGAGGCCCUGCCCCGGGCCGGAGCCAGCCCCCCACCCGGCCAUAGACCUCACCCUGCACAUCCCACACACGCGCGCAGCCACAGUUGUGGUUGCCAUAGGCCCAGCCUCGGCAGCCCCGGUCCCGCCUCGGUCCAGCAGCACCACGGUCCGGCCAGGCAGCGUUCUGUCUGUCCCGAGGCCACUCCCGGGCCUGGCCCACGCCGUUCCCAGGCCGGACAGAAGCGCCCACCCCGGCGAGCUGGAAGCCCCGUCGGCCGGAGACGCUCCGUGCACCGCGAUGGUGCUGGCCACGUCCCGCACCAUCCUGAGCCUGCCCCCCAAAGGCGCCAGGGUCGUCUUCAUGGUGCCGGGCCUGGACGCAUCCUCGAGCUUGCCAGGGAUGCCCACGCCCAGGCCCAGACAAGCCCAGCCCUGCACGGCGAUGGUCUUGGUCAGUCCCCGGAAGGCCGGGCCACACAGAGCCACCGCCCCCCGCCUAGUGGAGAGCGUCAAGGCCGCAGCCGCACCCAGAAAGGCCUUCCGGCCCCCGGUGCCGGCCGUCCACCCCCCGUUGCCGGCCUUCCACCCCCCGGUGCCGAUCCUCCUCCCGGUCAUGGCUGACAUAGGCCCCCGCGUGUGCGCCCCGGCCAGCCCGGAGCCCGAGGAGGAAGCCGAGGCCGCCCCCCACACUUGGGCCACCUACACAGCCGCCGACCUGGACGCCCUGGACCUGGCGGUGACCUAUAGAGGCUUCCGUCCGGUGAGAAACGAGUUGCGCGUGAAGACGGAGGGGUUCCCUUGGAAGCUCAGACGAGGUGAGUUCAGGACCCCCUCUGGGGUCCUCCUUUGAGGGCGGGGGAGCCGUCUGGGGAGGGAGGGAGCUCCCCCUCCCGGGAGCUAUUUGGGCCGGGGCCGCGCGGCCUCCUCCCUGGGGGGCUGCGGAGGACGCCCAGACUGGGGGGACAUGGUCCUGCCCCCCCAGCGGUCCCGAGGGCCUGCUCUGGGAGCCUCCUUAACCCAGGAGGCCUGGGCCAGGACCAGGGGGACUCAGGGAAGCCUGUGGCCUUGAGGCCGUGCUCGGACACCUGGGAGCUCUUACUAAGCCUCUCCCCUCCCUUGGCCCCGGUCUGCCCAGGCUCGGGGG